AUGUCAAUUUUCGACAUCGGUAAUCGUAUUUUGCCUGUCGAAACAAUCAUCGAUGGUUGGGUUAAUACAACUCAUAAAAUUACGAAUGAAACCGGAAGUUAUAUCCUAGGGCAGUAUCUAGAACAUGGUGAACGAAUUCGAACUGGUGAAAGCAUUUCUUUUGAACUCGAAUUUAUGAAUUAUUUGCAUCAAAAUAACUUACCGGUAUCGAAGAUAAUUAGACCAAUCAAUUCUGAUAAUGAAAAUACAAACCUUAGUGCACAACGACAACUAUGGCAAACUAUAUCAGUUGCUCAAUUCCUAGGUAAAAUGCAUUCAUUAACAUUGAAUACUGAAAAAGGCUGGAAAUUAAAAUCCUAUGCAUAUCGAAUUCAUCAAAAUUUUGUUCGAGUUAAAUAUGAAUUAUUAACAAAUUAUGAACAAUUCAAACGUAAACAGUAUGAGCUUUAUAGAAGAAUUGAAAUCUUGAUUGAGAAACAUACAUCUACAAUACCGUUAACGAAUGUUAAAGAGACACAAAUUUCAUAUAUGGAAAAACUCGAACAGAACUUGCCCAAAGGUUGUAUUCAUGCUGAUUUACAUGAUGAUAAUGUUCUAUUUAACGAUGAAGAAAAAACGAUGGUUGUCUGUUAA